GUUGUUCAACAGGUGCUUGAUCAAAGCACUAAUGAAGAUAGGAUUCAUGCUGCCAUUUUGCUUAUAUUCUUGGAUUCAGCACACAAUCUGCCUAGAGCAAAAAAGUCCUUAAAUGAACCAUGCCCACAAGCUAGCUUAAGUGUAGGACAACAGAAACAAGAAAGUACUAUAAAAUAUAAUACAACUGAUCCACGAUGGGAGGAACAUUUUCGAUUUAUGCUACACAAUCCCAAUCAACAGAACCUAGAACUAGAGCUAAAAGAUACCAAGGCUAAAAAAUCAAUUGGAAGCAAGCUUAUCAAGCUAAAAGAACUUCUAGGAGCUAAUGAUAUGGUACUUGACCAGAAAUUUCACAUUAAGACUUCUGAAUCUGGCUGCUAUGUGCAAAUGCGCAUGUGCUUAAGGGUAUUAACUCCAAAUGCAAACCCUGAAUGGAUUUAUCCUGAUGAAUCUCUAAUUACUGAUACCACUGAAGAUAUAAAAAUUAAUGGUACUUCUGUAGAUGAAAUCGGAGAAAACUAUGCAUUCUCUACUGCUUCUUCUUGUUCAAAGAAGAAUCUAGCAGAAGUUAGUGAACCAAUUAAUAUCACAAAGCAGAAAAGCACUCAACCACUUGAGGAGGUUGUAAAAAGUGUUGAGCCUGAAACAAGAUACAGAAAGCAAGCGAGCGGCACUGGCAGUUACAAUCUUGGACGUAUACAAAUGACUAUUAGAUACAGCCUUCAAAGAGAGAGACUUAUUGUUGUUGUGCAUAAAUGCUCUAACCUAAAACCUGUUCAAGGGGACAGUAAAAACUUGGCAGAUCCUUAUGUCAAACUUUAUUUAUUACCUGACAAGUCUAGUGCUUCUAAGAAGCGUACAAAGAUUAUCAAAGAUAAUUUGAACCCUGUUUUUGAUGAAACUUUUGAAUAUCAAGUUUCUCAACAAGAAAUGGCUAAAAGAACAUUGGAGAUUACAGUUAAGAAUGAUGUUGGCAUGUUCUCCUCAACAGAGACAUUGAUGGGAAAGGCUUUGUUAAAACUUUCAAAUAUGGAUAUAUGCAAAGCCAUUACUGAAUGGAUUGACCUUGCUCCAGAGAAUACUGCCAAGCCAAUUUCUUUUGAAUCAGAUGUAUGAGUACAUCAUUAUUAUUACAUACUAUAUAUUUCAGUGUUUUUAUUCAAAAUUCAGUAUCAUGCAGUAACAAAAUAGCAUUACACACCCUAAAAGUACAAACAUAAAAUAAUUUUUGCAAAGCCACAAUUACCCAUUGUGGGAACUAAAUUGAUAUUAAAUUUUAUUAUUAAAUGAUUAAAAGUAGUACAGAGGUAACUCGAUAUACUUGUUUAAUUCCUACCGUAACAAUGCUUAUAAGUCAAAUUGUUCUUAUCUCAAAGCAGUAUUUUCCAUUAAAAUUUUAUUAAAUGCCAUAAUAUAUUCUGUUCCAGCCCAUCCCCAGAUUGCCACCCCACCUGUUUUUAUUUUUUUAUUUUAAUAAGUAAUAAACCAGGAGUGAUCUCCCCUAAACUUUCUCAAAUAUUCUUAUAUAACUUGGAAUGUAGACAUGAUUUUUAAUUACUUAAACUUUUAAAAAUAUAAUAGAAUCUCAUAGAAAAAAGAAUUGCGCACCAAGCGAACACCAAAACAAAAUGUGCAUAAUAGUGCGCAAUAUUAUUAGUACUUUAUAAAUUUACAUGCGUUUUUUGAGAAAUCGGAAAUAGCGCAAAUUAGUACUUCCGGUCAACGGAAAUUACUCAAAAUAUGAUAGAAGGUAGAGAAUUAGAUCUUUUACUUACAUGUGAAAUUUCAUUUAUCUAUCUGAAAUAGUACUCUAGUUAUAGGCUUUUGAAAAAUUCCAAGUAGAACAAGUACUACUUCCGGUUAUUGGCAAUCGCUCAAAAGUUUCAGGAUCUACAAUUUUGAUAAAAUACUUUUAUAUGAAAUUUCAUCAACUUAACUGUAACGGUACUCAAGUUAUCGUGUUUACACACAGACAGACACACACACACAGAAAGACAUACGGACACAAUUGCAAAAUUAUGUUGUUCCGUAUCAGUGAGGUGUAAAACGUCGAGAUUUGUAAAAAAUCUCUAUUUCUUUUUUUUUUGCACAUAUAUACGAGAAAGUAAAAAGCAUUUAUAAAUUUUAAAAAUGUGUAUAUUAAACAUAAAAAGAAGAAUGUGAAGAACUUACCUGGUUUUAUAAUGUGUAUAUUGUUAAGAAAUCUGCUAACCUUAGCUAAUUAGAGAUGUUGGCUGAGGUUGUAGGGAGGAGCUUUUACUUAGUUCACUUACUCUCUACACUGCUAAUGCUAAACUUUUCCAGUCACUUAACUUUCUCAUUAUACAUUUAACACUAAACUUUAUCCAUAAACUUAGUUGAACUUAAAUGCUACUUUAUAUAUAUAUAUAGAUAUAGAUAUAUAUAUAUUAUUAAUUAUAUGUACAUUUAUAUAUAUAUAUAUAUUAAGUUUUACUAAAUUUUUGUCACUGCGAUACUCAUUUUCAUCUAAAAGAUGUUAAAAAUCUGUUGAUAGUGGUUUGUUUCUUCCUCCCAUUAAAGAAUUUUGGGGAAAUAAGUUAGACAAAAGUCAUUAAAUAGCUGCCUUGCACGAUCAGUUGCAACUUUUUAAAAUUUUAUUUGCCAUGAGCAGAUCCGGUUACUUGUACCUCAAAAUUUGCCAGUAACUCAAAGCAAAUAAUCGCUCUCUCAAUUGCUAAAAUCUUUGAGGUACCAAUGUAAUAUAUAUAUAUAUAUGUAUGUUAAUAAUUUUUAUUUUAAUAAGAGACAUGAUUUUAUAAAUACUAAAUUUGAAGUUCUGUAUUGAUUUUUUUUAUCCACCUCCAAAAAACAUAAACCUACCUUCCAUAUUAGACCUAGAAAAUUAUAUGGGCUAUGUAUGUUGAAGAGAGCCACCAAAAAUUGUACCAUUGUAGAAAUGCACUUGCAGCCCCUUUGCUUUUCAGGGGCUAUAUAUCUAAAGUAAUAUAUUCUGUGUGGUUGUUAUGUUUAUUUUUCUUGUUAAAAUUAUGUUUUUACAAUUUUGGUAACUGUUAGCCAAGGGUGUUUCAUAGUAUAAAAUCAUAUGCUGCCUUUUAAUAUUGCUGCUGCUGUAUCUAUAUUUGUGAUACAAAUUAUUGUUAGUUACCUUUAACUUUUUUUUAUUUAGGCUAAAUACUAUUUUUGUACUCAAAUGAUCAUUUGUAUUUAUAACAUUUUUAUCAAUUAAUAAAGAAAAUGAUAAAUUUAUUUUAUUGAUUAAAAUUUAGAGAAUGAAUGUUAUCCAAAUCAUUAAUUUCUACAAAGCUUAAAACACAUAUAUUAGUGGAUUUACUAUAUAUGUAUAUAUAUAUGUAUGUAUAUAUAUAUGCAUGUAUGUAUCUCUAUAUAUUAUGUAUAUAAAUAUAUAUAUAUGUAUAUAUAUAUAUAUAUAUAUAUAUAUAUAUAUAUAUAUAUAUAUAUAUAUAUAUAUAUAAAGAGAGAGAGUUUAGAGGACAUCUUGUCACUGUAGUACAAAAAAAUAUUGAUAUAUUUUUUUAAAUUGUAAUUUGAAAUGUGACAUAAUUUUACAAUAGACCUGUAGCAGAGAUGUUAUUUUGAUUGAAUUUGAAAUUUCUUUUUCGUUUAUUCUUUACUAUCUCUGUGUUUGUCAUGGAAAAAGUAAUGGGGUCUUUUUUGCAAAUGAAUUCUUAGGAGUGAAUACAUUUUUUUUUUUUUUUUUUUUUAAAUAUUCCUAUGUAGUUUGAACAGAAUGGCAGUAGCCAGUUUUUGGAGAUUAAGGAGUUUUAUAUAUAUAUAUAUAUAUAUAUAUAUAUAUAUAUAUAUAUAUAUA